GUUUGUGCUUUCGCGUAUGUUUGCGUGCCUAGCUCAGCAUUUGUUUUAGUGUUAUAUACAUACAUGCAUACAUAAAUAAAUUGUGCACUUUUAUUUGUUGCAUUAGCGCGUUGGCGUCACUUUAAUUACCUUUCGUUGCCGCUGACUAGCGUUAUGUGAAAAAAAUUGGUUAUAAUUUUUCAACUAAUUACCGCUACAAUGACCACGAUUGCUUGAGGCGCACGUUACUUAAGUGGCAGUUUCCUUUUGAUUUGAGCUCGCCACGGCACUAAUGCGUGCAAUACCGGCUGAGAUAAGAACUCAAAAAUUUUUGCAACAUGUGGAAUAGUAAUAAUUGUCAUAGUCGAAGAUGGCUAGUCAUGGACACAAGACAAUCGGAAUGGGAAAUGGGUAGCAGCGAAGGCAGGCAGGCGCAGUCCACGAGGGCGCAUAAACAGUCAACAGCGACAUCGACGUCGGCGUUGCCGCAACAGCAACAACAUAUCAAACGCAAAAGCCGGCGAUUAUGCGACGCUAACGCGGAUCGAGCACAGAGGGGGCUGCAGGAGCCACAGCUGUUACUGCGCUUCCCAACGCCCGCAUGCGCGUCAAACACAAAAGCAUUGAAGAGUAGAUGGCGGCUGCGAUGGCACCGACCGCGGCCACAAUCGACAACGAUUGCAACACAAUACGCGCCGCUGUGGUCUAUAUCGAUGUCACCUGCACCGACGCCGCUGCUAAAGCGGACACGAGUCAACGCUUGCCUUAACCAAAUACUAGAAGUAUUACUAGCCUUACUAUUAGCCAAUUGCCUUAUGCAACUGUUGGGACAACUGCCCGCAGCUACAGCCGCUUUCGGUGCGGCGCCGCUGGCAGGCGACACACUUGCAGAUGCGUAUAACUUUUACACGAGUAGCAGGAGUAGUCAAAGCAGCGAUGGUGGCGUUGCUUUCGAUAACGACGCCGACGACGACGACGACGACGACUACGGCAAUGCCGACGGUUGGCGUGGCCCUGUCUAUAGCAAUUAUCGCCAAGCGCACAGUAUAGGUGGUAGUGCGGCAUACGCUUUCAAUGCGUUGCAACUACCAACUGCUGCCACGCUAGCGGCGGCAGCCGCCUACAACUUGCCAAGUGCGGGCGAGGCGCUGUCGGUGGUCAAUCAGCUGCAACGCAGUCAAAAUUUCAAAAUCAGUCAGAAGCCCUGCUCCAUCGGCCGCAUCGAGGGCACCUGCAUGUUCGUGUGGGAGUGCAUCAAGUCCGAGGGUCGUCACGUGGGCAUGUGUGUGGACACGUUCAUGUUCGGCUCGUGUUGCGCGCACAAUUAUACGGAGAAUAUUGUAAUGCCGCAGACUUUCUCGUAUACGCGACCCACCAAACCACUGGGUAUUGGUGGUUUGAAUCAUCGGCCGCGACCGCCGCAUCAGCCGCACAAGCCGAGUAUAAGUGGCAUGACUACAAUCGAACGACCGCAUGGCGCUGGUACGCUGGUCAUACGCCCCUCUGGUCCGCAUCAUCAGGGUGCGCUGCAUAGGCCUCAAUAUACGAAGCCCUCAUCAUUGGGUACUACAACAUCGUUUUCAGCGUCGCCUGCGACAAUGAGUACGACGAAGAAAAAAUCGACCACCACUACUACAACGGAGAGCAGUAAUGCGCUUUGGACUUCGAACGCGGUACUGGCGGAUUUGCAGUCGGCUGCGGCAACGGCGACAGCGUCGAAUCUCUGGAAUGCAUCACCUCAACUGACAGCUGUAACGCAGCACCACUGGCACAUGACGACUGAGCCGAAUUUUAUUACCAAACCACGGCCGCCUAGCUGGGAGAAACCGACCGGACUGCGUCCCUCGAAGCCAUCAAAGCCAACAAAGAAGCCCAUCUUGCCGCAGCCGCAAUUGCCCAGCUUCCAACUGACGCAUCAGCAGCAGCAACAAACUUCACCGGGUAUUGUAUUCACGACGACGCGAAGACCAGUGCCUCCGACGACGUCAGUGCAGCCAGCGACAAAGAAGCCGUCUUCCUUGCCUGCAUUGCCAGCGAAUACAGCGUCGACAACACCAAUCUCGGCGUUGUCGUUGACGCGUCCAAAACCACCGUUCGCCUCGGCAACGUCUGGCUCCAACUGCAGCAGCAAUACCAGCAUCACCAACAGCAGGUAUCACCACAACCACCAUCAACACCAACAACAUCCAUACCAGCAUCAACAGCAAUACCAACAGCCGCAAUAUAAGCCGCCGCCCGCUUAUGCGAAGCCACCAACGAAAGUGCCUGCCACAUCAUUGGCGAGCACCGCCGGCACUAGCAGCGCCACAUCAACUACAGCGAAAACAACAACAACAACAACAACACGUGGGCCUCUUAGUACCACAGUGAAAACAACAACGCGUCCUUACACGCGCCCAACCACGCCCAGCUGGGUCAUUAGCGAAAGUGGUGUGCCCAGCAGCAGCAGCAGCAGCAGCGGCGGUAGUAGCGGUGAUGGCGGCGGCGGCGGCACAAUUUACCCACUGCAAUCGACUACAAAGCAGCCAACAACAACAACAAGCAUAAUGACUACAACAACACAAAAGCAUAGACCAACAUCACCCACCUCAACAUCAGCGCCGCCAUCAAGUUCAUCCGCAGCUAUAUUGCCUAUCAGGCCAACAUAUAGCCCCACAUGGUCCACAGCGACGACGUCGGCGCCUACGCGACCAACAUCAUCCACAACUACAAGCACCUCAACGUCAUCGUCAUCAUCGUCUUCAUCCUCUUCUGCUUCGCCAUCCACUUCUGUCACUACAACGCACUAUGUGCCUCCUACCUAUGGCCAUUAUCCACAUCCGCAGCCGUCCGAUCAGCAGGAGCAGCAGCAGCAGCAGCAGCAGCACACAUUGUCGCCCCACAAUCUGACGACGAUCGAAUCGAAUGAGAUCUCCGAUAGUUUGACAGAUAACAGCACCGCUAUUAAAAUCAUCACAGCAGCACGUAGCGAAUGUGGCAUUCCGGUUUUAGCACGUCCGGAGACCCGCAUUGUGGGAGGCAAGAGUGCGGCCUUCGGUCGUUGGCCGUGGCAAGUGUCGGUGCGACGCACUACGUUCUUCGGUUUCUCUAGUACACAUCGCUGUGGGGGCGCGCUGAUCAACGAGAACUGGAUCGCUACUGCGGGGCACUGUGUCGAUGAUCUCCUCAUAUCCCAAAUGCGCAUACGCGUCGGCGAAUAUGACUUCUCCCAUGUGCAAGAGCAGCUGCCCUAUAUCGAACGAGGUGUGGCCAAGAAAGUCGUACAUCCCAAAUAUAAUUUCUUCACUUACGAAUAUGAUUUGGCGCUGGUGAAAUUGGAACAGUCAGUCGAGUUUGCGCCACAUGUCAGCCCAAUAUGUCUGCCACAAACGGAUAGUUUGUUGAUUGGCAUGAAUGCCACUGUGACGGGUUGGGGGCGCCUGAGUGAGGGCGGCACGCUGGCAUCCGUGCUACAAGAGGUAUCGGUACCGAUUGUUAGUAACGGCAUUUGCGAGUCAAUGUUUGCGCGCGCCGGCCGGCAAGAGUCGAUACCGGAUAUCUUCGUGUGUGCGGGCUAUGAGAAUGGCGGACAUGACUCGUGUCAAGGUGAUUCGGGCGGACCACUGCAGGUAAAAGCUGCCAAUGGCCGCUUCUUUCUGGCCGGCAUCAUCUCCUGGGGCAUUGGCUGUGCGGAGGCGAAUUUGCCAGGUGUUUGCACGCGCAUCUCACGCUUUGUGCCCUGGAUCAUGGAGAAUGUGUCGUGAUGGACAUGGCGCAUGAGAAGGAUGUUGCCAACAAGCAAACGUUUGCGUCAAAUUGACUGUAAAUAUUUAGGAAUUUUAAUUUUGCUUGCAAUUUGAGCUUGUAAGCGAAGCACAGUGGCCUAGUUUGAGUGUGUUUCAAGCUUUCCGCGGUUUUCUACUAGAAAUUUGUUCGGUUUUUUCUACCUUUUAAUUUAUUUGUAUUAGUUAAAAAAGCGACAAUAUUAAUUAAAAAUAUUUUGUUAAAUACUAACUAAUUUAUAUAAAUUAUGUGAUUUAUAUUUAUGAAAGUAGUUAGCCACAAUUAAAAAAAUUAAAUAGUUUUAAGUAAAUGUAGGUAAGAGCAAAUGAAUUUAAUAACAGUUAAUCAAAACAAAAAAA